GCCGGGAGACUCAGCCAUGAGGUGGAGAGCAUACAGAUGCACCAGUUGUUUACCGAGAUUUUUUUACAGUCACUGUAUUGAAAGUGCCGUGAUCAAGUAAAGAAAUCGUUUUGGAUUCCGAGUAAAGCGGCGUUUUCGCAGCUCUGUCAGAUGAUUUGAUGUAACAGUCUGUGAUCGGUGGCACAUGCAUGCAAGACGACCGAGCGAGAUAUUUAGGCGUGUAGAGGAGCCGGAUUUGCAAGGAUUCUGUUAAAAUAUGUCUGAGGAGGCUAGCAGAGUAAAAUUCAGCUGAUGCUCUGAGUCCAUAUGGGCUUUUUAGAGCAAUCCGAAAAACACUGACGUUUAAGUUGCAUGGGGCUAUUUUCUCCUCUGCGAGCGGUUCUCCUCCUGCACUGUCAUCUUGUUUUCACUACUUCAGAUAUAAUCAAGGCUGGCAAGAAUUACACCAAAGCAUAUGAAAACAUCAUCCUUCUUUGCCCAAAGAAGAAGGUCAGAAUUGGAACCUGCUUGGUCAAUCAUUUAAGAUGUUACUAUAGGAAAGACUGUGGCAGGGAGUACAUGUUGAUGAAACUCAUUUGUUCAGUAAGCUCAAACCAGAGCAGUCAUGCUCAUGAGUACCCAGACUGCCAAGAAGGGGGUAAUGAAGCCAGCUUUCUGGUGUCCCCUCUUGUGGUGGCUGGCAUCGUCAUCGGCCUGGUGCUCUUCCUCUCCUGCGUCACCAUCAUUGUGGGCAGUCUGCGCAAAGACAGCCGACUGCGCAACCCCCACCUGCGUGCCAGCUACGCUCCUGAUGGCCUCUCAUAUGGUGGCUCCAUUGGAGAGCUGAGGUCCACUUGUGUUGAGGACUUUCCCCCUGCAUUUGACUUUGACUCCUACGUGGAGACGCUGUCUCAAGUCAACGUCAUGUACCCAGACUCCCCACCUCAAUGCUCUUCCCAUUACCCAACCAGACUACAGGACUUCAGGCACCAGCCGAUCGCCUCCAUCUCUUUGUCAGCCUUACCUUUAGAUGGGGCGCCCCCAUACGAGGCAGUAGUGAGUGAACAAAACCAGCCCCUUCCUCUGAUGCCCCUGGAUCUGCUCAAACACACUACAGCGGAGAGCAGUCCUCAGGACAGCGUUUCCCACAGGAUUCUGUAAUCCUGGCCUCUCCAGCACACUCAUGCAUCACCUGUAACAAACCAGCUUUGAGAAGGGACUCUUUUGCGUGGCUGGAGUCUCCUGAGUCAAGAGCUGAAACCGACACCUGCAGAAGCCCACAGUUACCUCUCACUUCAGCCGACACAGAUACUGCACCUCCUGUUUUAUGUGACACUGCGGGAGCCACCAUAAGAGCACAGGGCUAUCGACCACUUUUUUGUGCAUCACCUCACCUUGUCUUUUGCUUAUGGUGUAAUUAGAUGUCAACGUGUGUCUUCUCUUACUGGUAGACUGAUUUCAAUUUCACAAGCAUCGCAGCUAAUUUCAACAACCAUCGAAAUGUGCCCUUCAGGAUGUCAGAAAAGAGCAGAAAGCCUCUCAAUAAACCUGGGACCAUAAUAGAGAAAUUUACAUAGGAAUAGAAAUAUAUCUUUAUUUUAAGUGUGAAAAUAUGUGUUCCUGCAUGAGUGACUGCGUAUUUCCACAUGACUGUCUAUUACAACUUUUCUCCUUUUUUUUU